CUCACAGAUUUCGUUCUGCUACAGCUGGUGGCUGAGCAUUUCUGCCUGGGAUGGCGGAGGAUCAGGAGCUGACUCAGCCACACAAAGCUCAACUCGAGCCCUCCCUUCAGCAGCGCACCAGCAACACAUACCGCAGUGCAGAGCACUCUCAGGCCUUGCUCAGUGGCUUGGUAUCUCUCCGAGACAGCAGCAUCCUCUUCGAUGUAGUUCUGGUAGUGGAAGAGAAACCUAUUGAGGCUCAUCGCAUACUUCUAGCUGCAUCCUGUGACUAUUUCAGAGGAAUGUUUGCAGGAGGACUGAGAGAGAUGGAACAAGAAGAGGUUCAUAUUCAUGGCAUCUCCUACAAUGCAAUGUGCAAAAUCUUGAACUUCAUUUACACUUCUGAGCUGGAACUUAGUGUGAACAGCGUACAGGAAACCUUAGCUGCAGCCUGUCAGCUUCAGAUUCCAGAAGUCAUUAAGUUCUGUUGCGAUUUCCUCAUGUCCUGGGUAGACGAAGAGAACAUCCUCGAUGUAUACAAACUAGCUGACCAUUAUGACUUGAGACAUUUGAGUGAUCAGCUGGACUCCUACAUUUUGAAGAACUUUGCGGCUUUCUCAAGGACACAAGUGUACCGACAGCUACCCUUGCAGAAAGUCUACUCCCUUCUCAGCAGCAACCGUUUGGAGGUUAACUAUGAGUUUCAAGUUUAUGAUGGGGCACUUUUUUAUCAUUAUUCUCCAGAGCAACUGGAGACAGAUCAGGUCUCCCUGGUGGAACCCCUUAAGCUACUGGAGACAGUUCGUUUUCCUCUGAUGGAACCCCAGGUCCUGCAAAGGCUUCAUGAUGAAUUAAGUCCAUGUCCUUUAAAAGAUACAGUCGCAGAUGCAUUAAUGUACCACAAGAAUGAAUGUCUUCAGCCAAUGCUUCAGAGCUCCCAGACACAGCUGAGAUCAGAGUUCCAGUGUGUAGUGGGAUUUGGAGGGAUGCAUUCUACUCCAUCCAUUGUCCUCAGUGAUCAAGCCAAGUAUCUGAACCCCUUGUUGGGAGAGUGGAGGCACUUUACAGCUGCACUAGCCCCCAGAAUGUCCAACCAAGGGAUUGCAGUUCUCAAUAAUUUUGUAUAUUUAAUUGGCGGAGACAACAAUGUAAGUGGUUUUCGAGCAGAGUCAAGGUGUUGGAGGUAUGACCCGCGACACAACAAAUGGUUUCAGAUCCAAUCCCUACAGCAAGAGCAUGCUGACCUCAGUGUUUGUGUUGUGGACAACUAUAUAUAUGCUGUCGCAGGCCGAGAUUACCAUGAAGACUUGAGGGAAGUGGAGAGGUAUGACCCUAAAAGCAACACUUGGGAGUAUGUGACACCUCUGAAGAAGGAGGUAUAUGCACAUGCUGGAGCAGCACUGGAUGGGAAGAUGUAUAUUACUUGUGGGAGGAGAGGAGAAGACUAUUUAAAGGAGCUACAAUGUUAUGACCCAAAGACUGACCGCUGGGAGGUUUUAGCAGACGGUCCGGUGAGACGUGCUUGGCAUGGGAUGGCAGCACUGCUAGGAAAGCUCUACGUAAUUGGAGGAAGCAACAAUGAUUCUGGUUACAGAAGAGAUGUUCACCAGGUUGCCUGCUACAGGCCAAGCACUGAUCAGUGGACAAAUGUAUGUCCACUUCCUGCAGGACACGGAGAGCCAGGUAUUGCAGUCUUAGACAACAGGAUCUAUGUCUUGGGAGGCAGAUCCCACAACAGAGGAAUCCGCAUGGACUAUGUCCACAUUUACGAUGCAGAGAGAGACUGUUGGGAGGAAGGACCCCAGUUGGAGGAUGAUAUUUCUGGGAUGGCUGCCUGCGUUCUCACUUUGCCCAGGGCUGUUCUAAUGGAAACAGAGAAAUGGUUCUCAGAAUGGCACACAGACCGUGUGAAAUAUCACCUUGACUUUCCAUCGGAAGUUAUGAGUGUAUCAGACUGGGAGGAAUUUGACAAUUCAAGUGAAGAUUAGAAAACUUUAAUAUUUAUUUUUUUUGCCAGUGGAUGAGGAAAUUAAGGCUUGGAGAAAAUAUUUAGAGAUUUUAUAUGUCUUUCUUAUAUACAUAAAUCAAUAUUUAAAGGUUUGAAAAAUAAGUGUUCUGCACAAAAUGCCAUCCACAGUCAGUAUCUGCCCAUCUGCAAGUGUUCUGCACAAUUUGCCACUUACAGUCUGUAUCUGCCCACCUGCCAGAAAGCAGCAGUUUUAAAGUAACCACAGAACUGCCAUUUUCCCCCAGUUAA